AUGGCAGCCACAUAUACCAAGGCCAGGCUUGAGCAUGCCCUCAAAGCUUUCCGCGAAGCACGUAUAUCCUCCAAAGGUACCACGCCCAAGGUGCAACGUCAUCUACGCGACGAUUACCAAUUCCGGCAAGUCAGAGCUACCAAUAACCUCAAUCAAGCCACUACUUGGGAUGACCACGACGCGUCAUCUGAUGAGUACAAUCCUGAAGCUCCGAAAAGGCGUCGGCUUCUUAACGCUCGAGCAGCUAGGGCUAAGCGCACUAAACAAGGUCAACAACCAGCGAACCCCACACAUACCACAGCUGGGAAGCUCGAAGACCGCUUUGUACCUUUCCCUACCCUGCUGACUAUUCGGUUUGGGUCUUUACGCGGUAGACUCCUCCUCGGUGAGCUUGCAGUUCAGCAUGGCACAGGCUAUGAGGUGAAGCACAAGAGCGACAGAAGGACCAGGAGAGAUGGUCGUCGCGGAUCGAACAAAACGUAUCUGGAGCUCCAAGAUGAGGAGAGCUGCAAGAUCGACGAGGGAACCACCCGCAGUGGGCUCAAGAGGAAGAUCGAUUGUACAGCCAAGAACCCCGGGUCUCCUUCCUGCAACCAAUCUAAGAAGCGAUGCGCGACGAAAGACUGUCCAAACUCAUCCUGCAAGCACCGCGAUGUUGAUCAUAUCAAGUGCGGUGCAUCCAAGAACGAAGAAGAGUCGACUAAACUUGGAGAAUCCGUAGGGUCGAAGCGGACUGAAACCAUACAUGUUGCACCUCCCUUGACUCCGUCUUCACUGUUGGCUCAGCCGACUCCGUCUCCCUCUCCAGUGGCCGAGAGGCCUAUCGAUAACUUGCGCAGACAUUAUGUUGAAUUCCAAGCCAUACUGGGCACCUCAGGAUCGGUGGCUGGAACAUCGCGCCAAAACCCUAUCACCUUGGACUCACCCAGUCCAUCCCCUAGGUUGGCGACCCCAAUGCCGUUCUCCACAUUCACCAUUACCACGCCUUGGACUCAUCCCAUUAACUUCAAAUAUGCCGUUGAUGCGGAGCCGUCGUGCCACUUCUGCGAUGAUUUCAGAUACGGUAUUUAUGGGUAUGGUCCCGUUGAAGCUGAGGUCGCACAGCGGGAAGAUGGACAGCUACAGGAAUGUGGUAAAGGGCACAGUUUUCAAGGAAAGGAGAUGACGCGAAUGUGCGUGGAGUGUUCACUCAAGCGUCUCCACAUUUCGAGGUGUAAAGAACACUUCGUUCACCAGUUUGGCAACCCCGAGCACGCCCGGUUCAAGGCGUACAUUGGGCAGUUACUGGACAAGCGCUAUCCGAACGGGCCCGCCAUCAAACUCGGCGUCUACUACACCUGUUCGCUAUGUACGCAGCCUGCCUUUUGGCGAUGUGUGGCCGACCAAUCGCGAAAUAGGUACGGGCAGAAGUUGGGAGCGGGGGAGGGAAAGGGCAGGGGGUGCGGAUUGUUCUUGUGCAAGUCUUGCUCUGGCAAUCUUCAAGCUGACAACGGUGUCCUUAAGAAGACCACAGUCCAGAAACCCAGUGGCCAUGACUGCCGCCGGGCUGACAUGGAGUUUCUUUUCCCGGGUAGCUUGCUUCACAAGGCAUACAAAUGA